AUGGUGUCAGAGUCGCUCGUUGGUGUUAAAAUGCUCAUCUCGGAGAUUGCAUACCGUACUCCAGACGAAGCUGCUAAGACUGAGAAGACAAAGAAACAGCUGAGGGAAAGCGUGCAUAAGACAUUCAAAGUGCUGGAUGGAUUCAUCCAGAAGAAACCCUUCUUCCUGGGCGACAAGAUGACGUACGGAGAUCUGCAGCUCUACGACCUGACUAAGAAUGGACUCGCUCUACUCCACUCAACCGAUCGCAAGCCGACCACGAUGACCCAGCCUCAGAUUAAGCUCACCUACUUCGACGGCAAGGGCCGCGCCGAGCUUUCACGCUUGAUCUUCAGCUAUGCUGAAAUCGCCUUCACGGACGACCGUAUCACGCACUCUGACUUCGCGGCUCUCAAGCCGACACUGCCGCUUGGCCAAGUGCCCGUCCUAGAGCUGGACGGCACGGUUUACGGCCAGAGCAUGGCUAUCGCUCGCUACGCUGCCAAGAUCGCUGGCUUGUAUCCUAGUGAUGCGACCGAGGCUCUGAAGGUUGACGUGUUCUCGUGCUCGCUGGAAGACCUCGAGGGCCCCAUCGUGGAUUUCAUGCUGAAGACGUCGGAUGAAACCGAGAAGGCCCAGAAGAAAAAAGUGUUUGUCGAAGAGAUGCUGUCGCUCGCCGAUUUGCAAUUCCUCGACUUCGUUGACAACAAACUUAAGUGGGCGUUCCCUGACUUCAAGGUGGACGGCUUCCCCAAGCUCACGGCGCUGCUGAGCAAUGUCAAGGCGGAGCCCAAGAUUGCCACCUACCUGUCGAAGCACCACAUCAAUCCACUCCUUGAGCAGCUCGCUAUCAACCCAAGCUCGGGGAACUUACCACUUGCAUUUAAGGCACAGACACGACUCGCUAUGUUCCAGGUCAACGAGGCUUACGCGUCCUACGAGACCACGCAUACGUCGUACCUCACAAUGCUGUACACCGUGUACACCCUGUACCACGUGUAUCGCCAAAAGGGUCCACAAUGGGCCAUUAUUAGCUUCUAG